AUGCCCAAGUCUCGAAAAACUAGCCAUGGCCAUGAAGAUGACCUUGCGCUACGCGAAUGCUUGAAAGUGCCAGGCUGCACUGAGAAGGCGUUGCAUGGCAUUUUGCAGAUUGCUCGCCCAGAAGUGAUUCCCAAGUCUUACUCAGGUUACAAGCGCAAAGUCCACAAAGAACUACCACACGAUUGCACAGUAAAACUGCCAGUGGGAGAAAACAAAGAUGGACAGAUGAUCCAUGUAGCUGCGACUCACAUACCAAAGUUCUUGCAGCAUUUGGCAUCCCAGAAUGGUGCCUUCGCGAGGAGACUUGUCCACAUCAUUGACAGGUCUAACGGAGAGUCCUUCAAACCUUUGUUUUAUUGGGAUGAAGUGAUUUCAGGAAACCCGCUAGCACCGCAUUCUUCCAAGAAGAUUGCCAUUGGAUACUUUACUAUGGUGGAGUUGCAGCAGAGGCACAAAGAGGAAAGCUGGAUCCCAUUGCUGGUGGCGCAACACAAAAGCUUGGAGACAGUGAGCGGUGGUUUUUCCAGAAUGAUGCGAGAAGUGGUUUUGUUGGUGCGAUCUUUUGAUAUGCAACAUGGCAUUCCCUUGGAAGUGGAUGGGAAUCAAAGCCUUCUUCGCAUUGACAUCGUGAAAGCAAAUUUCAUUGCAGACUUUGAUGCCAUCAGGGCAACGUACAAUUGGAGAGGUGUGGCAGCUUGGGAGGUUGUCAACUUGAUGUCAGUACUUGCGACCAAGUGCAAUUUUACUUGUGAAGAUCUAGCCGGAAAAAUUCAGGGCACCCCUUGGUGUAGUAGUACGCGAAAAGGGCAGUCCUGGCGAAAGAAUUUGGCUGAUGCACAAAAGUUCUCUGGUGAUGCUUACCGUGGCUCAGCCAGUGAUUUGAGAAUGCUCAUUCCUUUGAUGCUUUAUCACAUCAUGGAGUCAAUCGACGACACUGAGCCUGUUCAGGCUGAGCUUCAAUCCUUUUAUGCCCUGGUUAAGCUUCUGGAGAUUUUGGCCAGCUUUCAAUGUGGGAUCUCGAAAGUCAAAUGCCAACAACUUUUGAAGCAAACCGAAACCUACUUGGAGCUUUACCUUUUGGCCUAUGAAAACUGCAAGCCAAAGCACCAUUACCAAUUGCACCUGUGUGACAUGAUCUGGCGUACUCAACUUUGUGUGGACUGCUUCCCACAAGAGGCAAAACACAGGACGUACGAGUAUCAACUUCAAAACAGGCUGGAUGGGAUGCUACAUGAUCCAUUCCUGUUUUCAGAAGGCGUCUUGACGCGUCUUUUGAACAGCCACUGCCGCCUUUUCGACAAGCCGUGCUUGCCUGGUGACCUCACACCUCCACUAUCUGAAAGUCAGAAGCUUGUAGAUGGUUCGAUGGUGUCUGUGCUAGAAGGCGCCGCUUUAGAUCUGGAAGCAGGCCGUGUCUACAAAGAUGAUUUUGUGAUAAGCCCGCGUGGCAGCGGUUUGGUACGAGCUUGUUUGAGAUUUCGCGAUCGCGCUUGGGUGCACAUCGACCUCUACGAUAGAGUUUUUUGGACCGUGGAUUAG